CUGUUUGAAAUGUUAUGAAUUGUUUCAGAUUUCUUCCUUUCCUGUGAUACAUCCAGAAAUUAAACAAAUAGUAAUGUCAAGUCCUGGUGGAACCUUCUGGGGGCUUAUUGUUAAACCUAACAAGAGGUAUGAUACUGUUGUUAAAGAAUCCUUCCGGGUCUGCAAAGCUUGCAUCGAGCCUGCAUCUGCUGGGGAUAAGGUAACAUCCUUGAUGGCAGAGUAUGAUGGAGAGGAGUACAUCAUUGCAAAUUUGAACAAGAAGCACCUCAACGAGCAGUUGGACCUUGCCUUCAGUAUCGGAGAAAAGAUGGCGUUUAAGGUUGAUGGACCUGGAACUGUUCAUCUGACCGGAAACAUAUUGGAGGAUGAUGAUGAUUUCAUGGAUCCGGAGAUGAUGAUGGGAGAGGAGGAGGAGAGCGAGGAGGAGGAUGUUGAGGAAGCUAUUGGUAACGCACUGAAGAGGAAGAAAGGAGAUGUCAAUGAUCAAGUCAAGAAGAUGAAGCUGGCUUUGAUGAACGGAAAGACGGGUGCAGAGGAAGAUAGUUCUGAUGAUGACGAUGAUGACUCAGAUGAUUCUGAUGAAAUGGAUACAACCGCUGGAGAUCUGGAUUCAACAACUAAUUUUGCAGAGGAGGAGGAUAGCGAUGAUGAUGAUGAUGAUAGUGAAGAUGGAGAAGAUGAUGAUGACGACAGUGACGAAGAACCACCUGCACCUAAGAAGUCUCCUCUGAAAGAAGUAAAGCCAACUAACGGUCAACCUAAAAUCAACGGAGCCGGAGACAAAACUCCUAAAUCCAAGCAGGCCGAAGCCAAUGUUAAAACCCCGAAGGCUGAGCCUAAGACACCUAAAUCUGAAAACAAGACGCCUAAAGCAGCCAAACCAGAAAUUAAGACCCCCAAGCCUGAAAGCAAGACCCCAAAACAAGAAGCUAAGACUCCAAAAGACACCAAGACGCCGAACAAGAACGAUGCCCUAAAAACCCCUGCUAAGACGCCUAAGGCAGGUGGAGACAAGAGCGUGAUUGAUACGCCCAAAAGCGCAAGGAAGACAGUAAAAGGUGGAAUUCAUAUCGAAGAUUUGAAGGAAGGAACAGGACCAGAGUGUAAGCCUGGACAAAAUGUUGGAAUGUACUAUGUUGGACGCUUAGCUACCAACAAGAAACAGUUUGAUGCGUGUCAGUCUGGUAAACCCUUCAAGUUCAGGCUGGGCAAGGGAGAAGUUAUUAAGGGCUGGGAUGUUGGGCUAGCUGGUAUGAAAGUUGGAGGAAAGAGGAAGUUAACUAUUCCUCCCAAUAUGGCAUACGGAGCUGCAGGUGCUCCCCCAGAUAUCCCUCCCAAUUCCACACUGGUCUUCGAUGUUGAGUGCAAGUACGUGAACUAGGAGUUCUACUGAACCUGGACCAGCAUUUUUACCAAGUCAACAUUUUUUCAUCUCUUAGAAGUGUAUUUUUUUCAGA